UGCAGCACAGGAGAUGUCAGGGGUGGUGGGUGUUUUUUGGGGGUGGGAGUUUUUCCUGUGACUUGAGUAACAACCACAGCAAGCAGAGCGAACACAGAGCGACGCUGAAGAGUGAAGCUGAACACAGAAACACACAGAAGAGACAUCUGAGGGCUGUUCAACCAGAAGACAAAACAAGAUGGGGAAACUUUUCCUCUUUCUCCUCAUUUUUAUUCUCUGUCUGACUGGAACGCUUCAGAAGAAAGGAAAAAAUAAAACUAAACCUGAGCCCAGAACAUUUAAAGGGGUGCCAGACACCAGGACCGAUCCAUCUCCUGGUCUGAAUGGGACGCAGGCUCCCGCUCCAUCUCAGUCGCCUCCAGCGCUGAAGUUACUGAGCAACAGCACGGUGGGGUUCCUCCGCGGUGCUCUGAGCACUCGGGUCAUCCCCAUCAUUUACAUGCUGUCCGUGGUUGUCGGGAUCCCCGCCAACGUCGCCAUCUUGUGCCUGCUGGCCACAAAAAUCAGGAAGGUGUCCUCAGCCAUCCUCUACUGCAGCCUGGCCGUCUCCGACCUCCUCCUCCUCCUCUCCCUCUUCUUCAAGGCUCACUACCAUCUCCAUGGAAACCACUGGGUGCUCGGGGAGACCGCCUGUCGAUUGGUCACGGCCUGUUUCUAUGGCAACCUGUACUGCUCGGCCCAGACGCUGGCCUGCAUCAGCAUCAAGCGCUACCUGGCCGUGGUGCACCCGUUCAUGUACAAGACUCUCCCCAAGAGGGCGUGCACGGCGUGGGUCAGCGUGGCCGUGUGGGCGGUGUUCGGCGCCGCCGUCGUCCCCGAGCUCCUCGUGCAGCAGAGCUAUCGGCUCCCUCAGGUGGACCUCAUCACCUGCCACGACGUGCUGCCUCUGGACGAGGACUCCCACAUGUUCCUGCUCUACUACUACCUGUUCCUAACCAUCUUCGGCCUGGUGGUGCCGCUGGUGCUCACGGUCGCGUGCUACGUCCGAAUCGUCUGCGAGCUGAACCGGUCGAACCUGGACUGGGCGAUGUACAUCAAGGCCAGCUCUCUGGUGUUUGUCAUCUUCCUGGUGUGUUUCACUCCCGCUGGAGUCCUGCACUUCCUCCAUCACCUGCAGCUGUCCGUGGACGGGACGGACACUUUGUACGUGCACUUUAAAGUGGCGGUGUGUUUGUGCUGCGUGCACGCCUGUCUGGACCCCUUCCUCUUCCUCAUCAUGUCCAAGUCUGCAGGCUCCAGGCUUUACUUCAGGCCCUUUCAAGGCAAAACUCUCAGCAUAUCGUUUUAAAAGAUAUUACCAAAAACUGGUUUAGCUGAGGAAGAGGGACGUUUUUCUCUGUGGCUGGAAUCCAAAGAGAAAACACCUCGAAUGUAUUUAUGAUGAAUAAGCAAUGGACAGACUUUCUGUGGCAUUAAAGGUCCAGUGUGUAGGAUUGUGGAUCCAGUAAGGAACCCAGAUCCUGAGUGGCAGGAUGCAGAGAUAUGAAUCAUACGAGUCCGUACAUGAGAAACGGCGCUUUGUUGUCACUCUGGAUCUUCUACUGAUUCUCAUCUGUCUGUGAAUCAGAUUGAAACCCCUGAUGUGGAUUUAAGUGACUCACAAAGCAGCCGGUCUACGAGUGAGUUCACACAGAAACCCUCAAAGUAGAACAAUCCUCAGCUCCAGGUUCAGAUAGGACGGCGUCUGGGACUCAGCAGGUUAACAGGGAGGGUCUUAGCCCACAGUGGCAUCCAGGCCCGGACCCGUUUCAGGUUUCUCAACAGAUCCACUUAAAUCCUGCACACUGCACCUUUAAGUUGCUGACAUGUUCUCUGCAUGAACAGCUUCCUGGAUGGAGUUUCCAGAUGUGGUAAAUAAGUUAGUGUAUAUAUUUCUGUGUAUGGAACAGAUUACAUAUUAAGAUUUUCAGGUUACAGUCUGGAGGAGAGAGUUUUACUCCAGUGAUGCAUUAUGUUUUAUAUCUGACUGGGUGUUUUGUGGUUCAACCUUUUUGAGUCAGAAACAUCCGGUUUGUGUUUAAGAACUGAUGUCAUAGAUUUCCGUCUUCCUGCUGAAGUGGAGCCUAAAUGUUUAGGUUUUCAUUUAGCUGUGACAUCUCGAGCGGUGCUUAUCUUAUGACUGGAACUCUUUAGGAAGUGGAUUAACCGUUAACCCGUCAGCAGCGACCACUCCUCACUGCGGUGGCAUUUCCUGUGACACAUCGUCACACCACCACAGUUACAUAAACGACUGGAAAAUAACUUUUAAUAACUUCCAGAAAUCUGGAAACAAGAAAAAAAAAACCUGCCUGUGACUCAAAAUCUAAAUGUGACAGUCGAUGACACUGGAUCCUCUUCAGGCUAAUGUCUGUUAGCAUGUUAGCACGAGUCUGUCAGGACUGAGUCAGAAUGAACCUGAGAGCAAACAGCAAGUCCCAGCAGCUCACAGCGGCGAUGACAUCAUCUCACGUUUGAUUGGUUUAUUGGACGGUGAUGACACAUCUGGAUAAAAUGCAGCUGAGGCAACACAUGCAGGACUCCUGCCGCUGAUUAGCUGCUCAUGUUGCUGAUCAAUAAUAUAAUAAUCUCUAAAACAACAGAGCACCUGAGUAUCUCAUCCACCCACUUUGUGUUACUGAUUUUAUGUUUACUUCGUCAUUUUUGCACAUUAAUUAAUACGUCACAGAUGAAACUACGGCUCGUUAGUGGAAGUGGAAGCUCAUCAUUCUGUUUUUAUGUGAUUUAUUUUCUUGGAGUGAUUUUAUUGCUGCAGAAAACUGCAGGUUUCAAGACUUUUGUUCUUUUGUCUCGACUUCUCGACGAUGUUUUCUCUCAUAAUGUCUUCUUACUUGUAAUUAACAUGUUUUAAAUGCAACUUUUAUGCACUUUGAGGUGCCUUGUGUCUGAAUUGUUCCGUACAAAUAAACUUUCCUCGCCUUGA